UCAAUUUCGAGCUCACAGUGCUGCAGGGGAUCUUUAUGAAUAUGAUCAGACAUCAAAACCUCCAUGGAAGAAGCACAUUCGAAGAGAACAAUCGAGAGAGGAUACAUUUUUGGCUCCAUUUAGGGGAUGCAGUUUACAUGGACUAAUUGGCGCUCACUCAGUAUCUCUCUUUCUCUUAACAAAGGGAGGAGAGUUGGUCGAAAGACGGUUACACCAGAGGAAAUGGAAGUGGGUGGUCCAUGGAAAUCCUAAAGGCCAUCUACUGUCAUCCAUCACUUGCAUAUCUCAAGAUGAAUAUAAUGAGAAUUCGAACUCGUUGUUUCUUACAACAGCAGCCGGAUCCAUUUUCGAAUAUCAAAUUCCUAAGUAUUCAGAUCAAGAAGCCAAAGAGAAUUGGGCGAAUCAUAUGCAUCCUCCAAAUGGAAAAGCUGCUAGAGGUAUUGCAGGUCUACAUUUACAAGUUGGGAGGAUGAUUUUCCCACUGGACGACGGCAGGCUUGCAGAACUACACUUAUUAGGCCUUGGCGGCGAAAAUUUAGGCCCAAACUCUCAGGUUUAUACCCGGAGAAAACAAUCGUACAAGUAUGUUUGGUCAGUAUUAGACGCCCCAGAAACUGAAGGAUGGAAUGCAGAGUAUUGUGCGGAAGAUCGUGGGCCAUCAAAUUGCAUCAUCGGCACAAAAGAUGAGUUAAAUGGUGUAGCUAAUACCAGAUCGAGUUCAAGAAGGCGAAAGGACGUAAAUCCCCAACAGAAUUACUUAUCAGUAGGUGCACCAGAUAAUAGUAUGUCAGCAAUUUCAAUGGAAGAGUAUAAUAUCCCAGAUAACUGGAUCAAGAACUUUCGCCUCCGACUAAUGCAGGGAGGCAAAUCAUUUUUUCUGAUUACAGACAGCGGGUUGACAUUCGAAUAUUUGAAUACAGAAAAUGUAUGGUUCUGGCUGAGGCAUGAGCAUCCAACUGCAAUGAAAGGUGCACUCGGAACCUACAACGGAAGCAUUUUUUUGGUCGAUGAGAAUGGGAGUUUGCUUAUCAGAGAAAGAAACAGCACUGAUCUGACAUGGAUAAAUUGCACUGCUAUGAGAAAAGGAAAGCAAGUAGUUGGGGGUCCACCAUGGGACAAUGUACCAGGACGAGCACCAAAAGCUAAAGCAGAAGAUGCAAUUUUCUUUGUUAGCAAAACUGGGAGAUUAUUACAAUUCUCAGUUGCACUGAGGAAGUUCAAAUGGAAAGACUGCAAAAAUCCUCCAAAUACUAAAAUUGCAUAUAUAGUAGAUCAAGAAGGGUUCAGAGAAAACAUAGUAUUCAUUAUCGGGAGAAACAAUCGUCUAUACCAAUACAACAAAGUUACGGAACUAUGGCACGAGCAUUACCAAUCCCAACAUUUAGUUCUAUCAAGAUCCCCUGGAACUGCUACGAGAUCAUCAUCAGUGUCGUUGAAGGGCUCGAUUUUCAUGCUUUCUGACGAGGGGGGACUCGUGGAAUAUCAAUGGAAUCCAUAUGAUGGUUGGAACUGGAUAGAACAUGGAACUCCAUGUACGAAUGUGACCUUGGUUGGAUCACCUGGACCUUGUUUUGGAGGAACUGAACUGUUCUUAAUAGGUUCAGAUGGUAAUGUUUAUUUAAGGUACUUCGAUCAAAGAACAUGGAAAUGGAGGGAUUGUGGCUUUCCUUACCUAGGAAAUAAAAUCGAUAACAAUGAGAGACAGGUCGAAGAAAAAUCAAGAGAUGAAGAAAUUUGUAUAGACAAAGAUUUUGAUGCUAGUUUUGAGAAAGUUGAAGAAAACCUUCAAGCUACAAACAAAAACUGUGAUCUAAAGGUAGCGUCUACACGACCAAUUCCAUUCAAUGAAGAUUCAGUCAUAUUCGAGUUAAGAGAUGGUCGCUUAGCAGAAAUACGACGAAUAGGAGACAAGAAUUGGGAAUGGAUGCGUACCAUUGGCACUCCGACAAGCUUGUGCAUGGCGAACUUCUGGACUUCCUUGGCAUCAUAAGGACAAUCUAUGGGACGAUUGGUAAGUGGAUUGAACAAUACUGGAUAGUCGUGUCCCUUGCGAACAUAUCUCAGAGAUUAGCACAAGACAUCCAUAAUUGAAAAACAUAGCCAUUUAUUGAGGAAAAGAGAUAGUAAUUGAGUAAGACAAAAGCAACAAAACUUUAUACAAAGCUGUACAGUUACUAUACUACA